AUGUGCAGGUACCAGCAGGAUGACAGGGAUCUGGAAGAGGCGCCGUCGAGCUCGCCGCGGCUUGUGGCGGUGUGCGUCGACAGUGGCAGGAACAGCGUGAGCGCGUUAAAGUGGGCCGUCGAGGAGGCGCUCGCGGGGAACAGGAACAGCCAGCCCCAGCCCAUCGUCCUCGUCCACGUCAAGAAGCCGGCGCAGCCGCGCGUCAGGGAGAUCCUCCUCCCGUUCCGCGUCUUCUGCGCGCGCAAAGGCAUGCUUUUCGCGGAGUUGGGUAAAGAACCGCCCCGGGAGCUCCUACAUAAUAUUGGAACUCCGAGCAAUAUGAAUCGACAACAAGAGCCUGUUACAUUCAACACCCUGGUUUACGAACAGUGA